AUGGCUGCCGAAGUCGCUACCCAACCCCUCAACCUUCCCCUCUACGCCACCACCGAGAAGUGCUCAGGCGGCACCUACAUUGUCACAGGUGCCAACACCGGUCUCGGUUUCGAAGCGGCUAAGCAUCUCGUAGCCCUUGGUUCUGCAAAAGUCAUUCUGGGCGUCCGCAACCUCGCCGCAGGUGAAGAAGCCAAAGCGAAGAUCGAGGCCGCAACCGGAAUCACCAACGUCGCCGAAGUAUGGGCGCUCGACCUCUCUAGCUACGAUUCCGUCAAGGCUUUCGCGAAGAAAGCGAUUGCAGAGCUCGACCGUAUCGAUGCGCUGAUUGAGAACGCUGCUGUCGCUGGAGCGCAGCGAGUAAUAGCUGAGGGGCAUUUGCAGGCCAUUACAGUCAACGUGCUUAGUACACUGCUGCUUGGCGUGCUUCUGCUGCCGAAAUUGAAGGAGAAUGCGAAGAAGUUUGGUAUCCUGCCCCAUCUUGUUGUCGUCUCGAGCAGAGUUGCCUUUGACGUCAAGGGGGUAUGGGAGAAUAUCAGGGAUGAUCCAUUGGCGAAGAUAGACGCGUUUGAAGACGCCGCUAUUAUGUCAACAUAUCCCCUAUCGAAGCUCCUAGAGGUUAACGCGAUCCGUGAGCUCGCGAGUCUACUCCCUCUAUCCCGCACAGGGGUUGUCAUGAAUCUCGUUUGCCCCGGUCUCUGCAAAACCGAUCUCGGCCGGAACGCACCGGCUUCGUUCCGCGAGACCCUCGCCGCUAUGCAUGCGAAGUCAGGGCGAACUGCCGAGGAUGGCAGCCGGACGCUCUUGCAUGGAGCCGUUGCGGGGCUAGAAAGCCAUGGGUGUUUCCUCAGUAAUGCCAAGAUUGCUCAGGAAAAGGUGCCCAGCUGGGUGACCGAUGAAGAAGGGAUCGCUACGCAGAAGCAUACCUGGGAACUCAUUGCCAGUGAGCUGGAGGCCACCGAGCCGGGGUGUGUGAAGAGGAUCCUGCAGGAAUAGUGCCAUCUUGCUUGUAACUUCGUUUUCUAAGUAGCCUCUGAAUUCUUCGAGGUAUUAAGUAGCCAAAGCCGUAUCAAUACUGUAGCAGCGACUAGGAAGACAUCUAUUCCUCAUGAAACCCUCUCGUAGAGAGAUUGGCUUGGGUUGUCGUGGAGGGCAUUGAUCCAUGGAAAUUUAACAACCGUUCGACGUACAUCUUCCCAAGUAUGAAGGCUUAGAGCAUGUGUCGUCUCUAGCAAUUUCGGGGCUAGCCAUGCAUCGUCAGUGUAUGUGAAGACUGAAGCUCCUCCGAUGGACAACACCCAAAGUAGCAAUUCUUGGCUCUCUCGCCCGUCGUCAAAGUUCUCUUCAGCAGCUGAGCGAGCUAAUUGCGAGAGAAGAGGAAUCUCCA